UUCUGUUUCAAAGAAGGCAGAAAAAAAUCCUUCUAUUGCUAUGCUUUAUUUAUCCUUGUCUAUUGAUUUAGUCAUGAGACGUUAAAUGCCGCAGUGUGCGUGCUUUCAGGCGCCGUGCAAUAAAAACAGUAAACAAAACACACAACUGUACAAUAUAAACCACACAAGCUGAGUAUUGUUUAAAUUUUGUCACUUAUUGUGCUGUGCGCGAACCCCCCUACAUCCACUACUGCGUUACUAAACAGCAGCCGUGGCCUGAUGUUACUCUGAAGUCUUAGACAAAUAUCUCGGUCAUGUGUAAACUUGAUCGUGAGGGCAGGAAAUAAAGCGCGCUCCUCCGGUACUGGCACAUCGUGCUUAACAGGGAAGUAAGCCUUAGAAGCCUAACCUAAUUUCUACUGUAAAAGUUGUCGGUGUUGAACUGCGCGGUACUCCGUAUUGAUUUCUUCUCGGUUAAAACGACGGAAACUGUCCAGCUUUUAAGAUACAAACGUCACCCUUAAAGUAAGCGAUGAAGGCAGGAAAUGUUCAGUAGGAUAUUCGGCCUGGCGGAGGACUUAUGACACAUAGGAGGAAGAAGAGACAACGGACAAGAGCGUUUUUCAAUGGUUUGAAAUUUUACUCUGACUUGUGUAGCACUGCUUGAUCAUGGCCCAAUGGAUACACAUGUCCCAGAUGAUACAGUGCCUGUCUGAUGACACCUUAAACAACCUCUAUCCCCCAUCCGCCUUCCCCAUUGAAGUCAGACAUUUUUUAGCUGAAUGGAUUGAGAGCCAAAGAUGGGAUGACUUUGUGCUGGAAAAGGUGGAGCAGCAGAGCAAGGCUCAGGCUCUGUUGGACCAGACUAUCAGCAUGCUGCAAUCGAUUGCUCAGCAGAACGCAAAUGUGGUGGACAGGAUGAAGCUGAUGAAUAUCAGCAGAAACAUGGCCAUGUUUCAGCAGCAGCCUCUACAGUUUGGAGUGCUAGUCAGGGAGAUCCUCACAAAGGAGAGGGUUCUUCUCAGCACGCGUACUCCGAUGCCCAACCCUCCACAGUACCCACAGUACCCGAAUAGAGAGUCCUCGUUCCCUAACAUGCAAGAUGUGGACCACCUGGUUCUAAAGGUGCUGGAGGUCCAGGACAUCCGACAAAAGAUGCACCAGCUACAAGAAGAGCUCAACUGGGAGAGGCAGAACUAUGAGGAAUUACAAGGACCGAUCCAACAGAAUGGAUUGGAUCCCGCAAAAUCAGAAAUCCAAAAACUCCAGAAUCACAUCCAGCAGCUGGAAUACAAUGUGAAAGCAAUGGCCACGAAGCGUUUCCAGCUGCUCAAGGAGUGUGUGGACUGUCUGGACCAGUGUCAGACCCGACUGAUGAGCAGGCUAAAGGUGUGGAGGUGGGAACAACACAAGGCCGCCAUCGGACAACCUUUUGACGACAACCUCAACCCCCUGCAGACCUGGUGUGAGCAGCUGCUUGGCGUGAAUGGGAAGCUGAGACAGGAGUUGAUGCUGAUAGGGGAACCGAUCCCAGAGCUCCAGGAAAGGCUGGGGCAACUUCUGCAGGUUUUGAUUCAAAGCUCUCUUGUAGUAGAUAAGCAGCCCCCUCAGGUCAUUAAGACUCAGUCAAAGUUUUCGACAACAGUGCGAUAUCUUCUGGGGGAAAAAGUUGCUCCCGGGAAGCCUGUGGUGCUGAAGGCGCAAAUCAUUAAUGAACUGCAGGCCAGGAGCCUGGGCAGUAUACCAGGUGAUAAUGUUGGGGAACUGAUCAAUAAUACAGCCAUCCUAGAACACAACACAGCCAGCAAGAGCACAUGUGCCACAUUCAGGAAUAUGUCCAUCAAAAGGAUCAAGCGAGCAGACAGGAAGGGAUCCGAGUCUGUGACCGAGGAGAAAUUUGCUCUCCUGUUCUCUACAGAGAUUACCAUCACAGGCUGUGACACUCCCUAUAAGAUACAGAUGAUCUCACUUCCGGUGGUCGUCAUUGUCCACGGUAGUCAAGACAACAAUGCUCUGGCCACCAUCAUAUGGGACUGUGCUUUUUCUGAACCAGAUAGAGUGCCAUUCAUGGUGCCCGAGCGUGUGCCCUGGGGGAUGAUGUACAACACUCUCAACAGUAAAUUCACUGCUGAGGUCCAGACACAUCACAAUCUGGACCACUACAACCAGCACUUCUUGGCCCAGAAGAUAUUUGACAAGCCUGACUUUGCCGACGACUUCAGCAACAUGAUGGUUUCCUGGGCUCAGUUUAAUAAGGAGGUUCUCCCGGGUCGACCGUUCACUUUCUGGCAGUGGUUUGAGGGAGUAAUGGAGCUGACCAAGAAGUACUUGAAGACCUACUGGAGCGAAGGGCUAAUAUUUGGUUUCAUUGGGAAGCAGCAUCUACACCUGAUUCUCAAAGACAGGCCAAACGGAACAUUCUUGCUUCGCUUUAGUGACUCUGAGAUCGGCGGCAUCACCAUUGCAUAUGUGUCCGCUACUGAGAAUGGGGGACAGAAAAUCCAGAACAUCCAGCCCUUCACCAAGAGAGAUCUUGAGAUCCGUAGCCUUGGUGAUCGGAUCCGGGACAUCAACCACAUAACAUACCUGUAUCCUGAAUUUCCUAAACAUGAAGUUUUCAAAAAAUUCUACUCAGAACCUCAAGCAUCACCCAUUGGGGGCUAUAUCCCUGUGUCUCUCCAUACUAAAGUCGGCACGGAAGCUGGCUCAGCCUCACCCCCAGCUCCCAGUAUGACACCCGUCUCUGAAAACCCUCGGAGUGCUAGUGGCUUCUCCGGGCAUCAGUUCCCGCAGCCAUUCAGCCCGCAGGAGUCUAUCAAUAAAGAAAUGAUGGAAGAAGAAUUUAGACCAAAUUCUUCUGUUGGCUUUACUGAACACAUUUCCACGGAUAAUAUGGAUCUAGAUUUAGACACCAUUCUCCAGACUCUUGAUCAAUAGGAGGAUGUUCCAUCAAAGUUGUUCUUGGAGUGCAAAGCAACCACCAGGAGCCACUUUCCUUCACUUUCUUGAUCCAUCUACAGAUUCAUCUACUUCUGAGUAAAAAAAUGGGAUUUUUCUGGGACUCAACACGUUGAGUUGGUGCUACGUGAAAGCAGGAAAUCAUUUCAAGGACAAAGUCAAACUGAGAACAAACAAAAAGAACAAGAAGUGAUGCCAUCGCUGUGCACCUCCUUUCUCGCACCUGGUGGUAGGUGUGUUGAUGUUGUUAAUCGCCACUCAGUGGACCAUCAGCCACCAAAGAUUAUUUUUUAAGGUAAUGUCGUCUUCUGUCCUUGUUGCAUGUUUUUUUUUAGCCGUGAUGAGGCAAGCAUAUUAGAAUAGUAUUUCCCUAUUGUAUAUAACCCUUCCUUAUAAUGCAUUAGCCUCAGCCAUAGUAUAUUAUACACCUAAUCUUACAGUUACACUCAGUAUGGCUGGUAAGGAAUUAGCCAAUGUUUAAGAGACUAUGCGUUCUGUGGCAUAGUGAGGAUUAGAAAGGAACAAUACGCUUUUCCAUCACUGUUUACUUGGAAACUAUUUAACAUUAAUAGACACUUACAAUGCAACAGAUGGCAUAAGUGGUGGUGGGAAAGGCUUGUAUUACAUCUGCCAACUAAAAGACUUAAUUGU